GGGCCCUUAUCUAGCUAAAACUUAGGGCUUUUCUGUUAUCUCACCUAUAUAAAGAACUUUACGCGACUCAUUUUUAACUCUAGGGUUCCCGAAGCCGUCACCAACGAACACCGACGCGAUGGGGCGAAGACCUGCGAGAUGUUACCGCCAGAUCAAGGGGAAGCCAUACCCGAAAUCGCGAUACUGCCGUGGUGUCCCCGACCCCAAGAUCCGUAUCUACGACGUCGGGAUGAAGAAGAAAGGAGUCGACGAGUUCCCAUUCUGCGUCCACCUCGUCUCAUGGGAGAAAGAAAACGUCUCCAGCGAAGCUCUCGAGGCCGCGCGUAUCGCUUGCAACAAGUACAUGGUCAAAUCAGCUGGGAAAGAUGCUUUCCAUUUGAGGAUUAGGGUUCAUCCUUUCCAUGUUCUGAGGAUCAACAAGAUGCUUUCGUGCGCUGGGGCUGAUAGGCUUCAGACUGGUAUGAGAGGUGCUUUUGGUAAGGCUUUGGGGACUUGUGCUAGGGUGGCGAUUGGGCAGGUGCUUUUGUCUGUGAGGUGUAAGGAUAACCAUGGGGCUCAUGCUCAGGAGGCGCUUAGGAGGGCUAAGUUUAAGUUCCCUGGUCGUCAGAAGAUUAUUGUUAGCAGGAAAUGGGGAUUCACCAAGUUCAACCGUGCUGAUUACACUAGGCUGAGACAGUCCAAGAGGAUUGUUCCUGAUGGUGUCAAUGCUAAGUUCUUAUCGAACCAUGGUCGUUUGGCUAACCGUCAACCUGGAAGUGCGUUCAUAUCAGCCACCAGCGAUUAAGAGUGAAGAAGAUGAUUUGUGGUUGUAGUACCGAUAAUACUCUAGUUUCCCAAGUUAUUCGUUUUGUUUUUGUUGUAACAGUUGAAAACAAAUCCUCGUUUCCUUUUGUCUGGACAAUCGUUUUAAGGCCUGUUUCUAUGUUCGUUGUUCAAUCAAGUUCUGGUUUUACUUCUCA